UAUAGUUCUGGAACUUAUCAUACAAAAGAAAAUUAAGUGAUGUAUUUUCCAUGAAAAGAAAAGUGGCACUGAUCAGGAAUUGAACUAGUAGAAUGGCAGGUACAAGCAUCGCAGCAAGUGGAAUAGUUCUGGAAGCCCUCAGAAGAGAUAACUACGAGAACUGGAGUGCUCUUGUGAGGAAUUAUCUAAGAGGUGAAAAUCUGUGGGACGACAUUGUGACAAAUGCUUCUGAAAUUAGUGUGAAACCAAAAACUGUUUCUGAAAUUGGUGUUAAACCUAAAAGUACAAGUGUUUCUAAUUGGAAGAAGAGGAAUGCUAAGGCUUUGCAUAUUAUUCAGCUAGCAUGUGGAUCUGAGAUACUUACUCACAUUAGAGACCUUGAAACGGCAAAGGAAGCUUGGAACAGAUUAUCUGCGUUAUACAGCUCACAAUUAAAAGCUGAUCCAGAUAUUGAACAAGGUUGGGUAGACGAUAGUCUCCUUCACAAUAAACCAUUGCAUAGGUACGUGGAAAGUGGUGAGUGGGAUUAUGCAAGGUCAAUCAUCAAUAAUGAUGCCAAGGCUAUAUAUUCCACCUCUUCUAUGGGAAGGUCUGUUCUUCAUGUUGCCGUAAUUGCUGGUCAUGAACGCAUUGUGGAGAAGUUAGUUAAGUUAGGGAAAGAUAAAUUAGUGAAAAUGCAAGACAACUUUGAUUACACUGCUCUUGCACUUGCUGCUGAUUUAACUGGAAAUGUUGACGUUGCAAAGUGCAUGGUAGAGAAGAGAGGAGGGCAAGGGCAAGAGCUUCUAGUCAUGAAGACAAAACGUGGUGAAAUUCCUGUUCUUCUUUCAGCUGCUAAGGGACACAAACAAAUGACUCGUUAUCUUUACCAACAGAUGACUCACUAUCUUUACUGUACAACUCAGUUACAUGCCUUCAACCACGAAAAUUCCCACUACGGCGUUUUGCUUCUUACACGAUGUAUUACGGCUGAAAUAUUUGAUGUGGCUUUGAGCUUAAUUCAUCGUAUUCCAGAUUUGCCUCUUACUCAUGAAUCCAAUAGCCUUCGGCCCUUAUACGCACUGGCACGCAUGCCUUCAGUAUUUCCUAGUGGCUGUGGAUUCGGACGUCUACAAAAACUCAUCUAUAACAUUUUAAUAUUAGAAAGAUCAGAGAUAAAGCUGCGAAGGUCGUGCGGAAUAAGCAUUAAGAUUGUACCAGAUGUUACCCAAGUAGAAGACCUUCAUGUGGCUCAAGACAAACCCCAACAUACUCACUUCCUCACAGGAAGGUUUUGGGGUCUGGCUUUGAAUUUCCCCCCAGUGAAGCUCUUAGGUCGACUGCUUAUAUUCGUUUAUCUACUAUUUCAAACUUAUAUACUUUUGAAGUUAUCUGAUGGAAUUAGAGAAAUAUAUGAACAGAAAAAGACCCACUGUCUAGUUCUUGAAAUAUUGAAGUGCUUGUGCCAAAGAGUUAAAGAAUAUAAGGAAUCACAGCUCCAAGAGGCUUCAGCAUAUGAUGCGAUGUUGCAGGCAGCGAAGCUUGGAAUUAUUGAGUUCAUAAAUGCAAUGAGCAAGGCCAAUCCUGAUCUCUUGUGGGCCAUUGAUAAGAACAAGAGAGGCAUAUUUUCUCAUGCAAUUCUGAAUCGUAGAAAAGAUGUUUUUCGACUCAUAAAUGAUGUGAAUGGACGGAAAGAGAUAAUCAAAUGCCGCGCAGACGCUUUUGGCAAUACCCUGUUGCACUUGGCGGCAAAUAUUGGACCUUCUUCUGACCUUGAUCGCAGAUCCGGUGCUGCUCUCCAAAUGCAAAGGGAGCUUCAAUGGUUCAAGGCUGUUGAGAAAAUAGUGCAUCCUAAAUGUAAGGAAGGCAAAAAUACAGAUGAUAAGAAACCCCGUGAGAUAUUUAGUGAAAGCCAUGAAGAGAUGGUGAAAGCUGGUGAGAAAUGGGCAAAAGACACUGCUAGUUCUUUUACUCUUAUUGGUACUCUCAUAAUUACUAUCAUGUUUGCCGCGGCUUUCACUGUCCCCGGUGGAAACAACCAAAAUUCUGGAACACCCAUCUUCUUGCAUGACGAUAUAUUCACUUUGUUUAUCAUAGCAGAUGCAAUAUCUCUCUUUACUUCUUCCACUUCAGUCCUGCUUUUUAUUGGGAUCCUCACGUCUCGUUAUGCUGAGAAAGAUUUCCUCAAGACAUUGCCAUUGAAGUUACUUUUCGGCCUUGUGACCCUUUUCAUGUCUGUGGUGGCUAUGAUAGUAGCAUUUUGUGCUUCCCUUGCUAUGAUGCUAAAGGGAUAUCAGAGGAUUAUAAUAGCAGCCAUGUCACUUGGGAGCAUUCCAGUUAUUGUUCUAGUACCUUCACAGCUUCGCCUCAUCCUUGAGAUUUUCAAUUCUACCGUCUAUGCUACAUAUUAAGUGAAGGGUAGCAAGUGCUAAUGUUGGAGUUGAUCAGCACUCUAGUGUUGUUAAUAGAUAUCAUAAACAUCUAGCUAUUGGAUAACCAUCAGCUAUAUAUAUAGUUGUUGUCAAUGCAUUAGGACGAGUGACUGAGGUAAUUAUAGAUUCUGCAAAUAAUUAAAGUAUGUAAUAGUAGAGUUAUCAAGAAGAGAAUGAAGAUAACAUACCCCUCCCUUAUGAGUACAAUAUAUGUAUCAAGUUCUCAAAAAUUUAUGUUA